AUGAUUGGCUUUAUUCUCCUUGGGGCCGGCCUUGCAGGCCUAUUUAUUCGUCUUGUCAUCUACCCCAUCAUCUUGUACUUCAUUGAUCCAAAGGGUCUGAGGAAAUAUGCAAACUUCUCGUGGCUUUCUCCUCUAACGGAUCUGCGCCACUGUUAUCUCAGUCACACCGGCACUCGAUCAGAGACACUUGCUGCUGAACAUGAUCGCCGUGGCGAGCACAUUCUCAGAAUCGGGCCCAAUGCAUUGUCAUUCAGCCAUCCCCAAGCUGUCAGAGACAUUUACGGUCAUCAGACAAAAUGCACCAAAGAUCACAAAGAGACAGUCCUGGCUGGAACGCAUCGUAACCUAUUUGAUGUUGUUGACAAGGGUGAUCAUAGCAGAAAGCGAAGACUUUUAUCUGCUGCUUUUGCGACAAGGAAUCUUGAGAAGUGGGAGUUCAAAGUGCAGUAUACCACGCAGAGAUUGCUUGAUGCUUUUGAUCAGCGAUGCACGGGACCUCUCAAGCCCAACACCAAUCCUGACCCCGAAGAUCUCACAAUUGACUUCAACCACUGGAUCAAUCUCUGGACUAUCGAAGCAAUCAACUACAUCGCUCUCUCCUCAAAGAUGACUCUCCUCGAGACCGGUACCGAUGAAGUCAUUGCCGAAAAGCCCGACGGAACACUCUAUCCCGCACGAUAUCGCCAAGCACAGAACGCCGCAGCCAUGUGCAAGUCAGUCUUCGUCUGGGAGUACGAACUCUACCCGUGGCUCGCUCGCAUCUCGAAAGUUGUCCCCAACAAGUGGAAGAGCUACUGGGCCACCAGUGCACCUUGGGGAGACGUUUGCUACCACCAAGCUAAGGACAGACUGAGGAGAUAUGAGGCUGGAGAGAAGCUCGAUGAUUUUUUCUCGUGUCUUAUGAUUAACAAAAACGGUGUUCCAAAUGAGCUCGAGUGGGGAGAGAUUGUCGCCGAGACCUCUGCUAUCAUUGAUGCUGGAGCGGAGACUACAGCGAUUGCCCUGACACAUAUCCUUCAACUGUUGAUUAGCCAUCCCAAGCAGAUGCAAAAGCUGAGGGAUGAAGUCGCUGCUGUCAUGGAUGAAGACGAUGUCAUCGCGCCAUUUGACAAGGUCAAAGACCUACCAUAUCUCAAAGCCUGCCUCGAUGAAGGCCUUCGCCUCAUUCCUCCCGUCAGCUCAGGCCUCCCCCGACGUACACCACCUGAAGGCGCUAAAAUCAUGGAUACCUGGAUCCCAGGUGAUACAUCUGUGUCAAUGACUAUCUGGAGCGCUCACCACAAUGAGGACAUUUAUCCCGAGCCAUAUGUCUUCAAGCCAGAGCGGUGGCUCAACCUGGAGGAACGUAAGAGGAUGGAACCAUUCUUCAUCCCAUUCUCAGCGGGCGCGAGAGGGUGUAUCGGACGAAACAUCUCGUACUUGGAACAGCAGAUUGUAUUGGCUACUUUGGUGCAUCGAUAUGACUUUGCGAUGCCGACUAAGGACUUCACGGUAGACAGGUUCGAAGCCUUCAACUUGAUCAUGGGCAAGCUGCCAAUCAAGAUCUGGCGAAGAUAG